AUGUCUUUUCAAAUGAUAGAUCUUGGCCAUCUAAGAUAUUUUCUCGGUAUUGAAGUUGAUCGAUCAUCAAAAGGAUAUUUUGUAUCUCAGGUGAAGUAUGCUACUGACAUUAUUCAUCGUGCAAGAUUGACAGAUAAUAAAGCAGUCGAUACUCCUCUUGAGGUAAAUGUUAAGUAUAAUUCUACAGAUGGAAAGAUUUUAUCUAAUCCUACGUUAUAUCGACAACUAGUGGGUAGUCUUAAUUAUUUGACUAUCACACGUCCAGAUAUUAGCCAUGCAGUGCAUGUUGUGAGUCAAUUUAUGUCAGCUCCACGUUCGACACAUUAUGCAGUUGUUCUUCGAAUCCUGCGUUAUCUCAAAGGAUACUCCAAUUCUGAUUGGGCUGGUGAUGUAACUGAUCGUCGAUCAACUGUUGGAUAUUGUAUGUUCCUUGGUAAUUCUCUAAUUUCCUGGCGUAGUAAGAAACAAUUUGUUGUUUCUCGUUCAAGUGCUAAGGCAGAAUAUCGAGCUUUAUCUCAUACUACAUCGGAGAUUGUCUGGCUACGGUGGCUUGUUGAUGGCAUGGGAGUUCAUAUUUCAGGGCCUACUCCAUUAUUUUGUGAUAAAAAGGAUGUUAUUCAUAUAGCACACAAUGAUGUCUUUCAUGAAUGA